AUCGUCUGUUCACCUUCAGGGUCUGACACCGGGAACAUCGUACGCAAUAAAGUUGGCGAUGAUUAUGUGUCGCAACAAAACCUGUAUACCGGAUGCGGUCAAUGUUACCUGGCCAAACCGCUCUACAUGCCCGGCAACGCAUGUUUCCUGCAGACGGUGGGCUCUCCACAAGUGCCAUCGUGCUGCGAGUAUGUGUACACCUUAUUAUGCGGAGACAAGAAGUUCAUCAACUACAACCCGAAGAAAUGCGACAAGUUCUAUAAAUCUCCUACGGAAACGUGUUGAAUGUGAAACAACCACGCUGUUGCACUACAUCAAGUUUUCUCAUGUAUAGCAUGUGUGCCUACCAUGUAUUAAAUGAGCCCUCCAAAGUAAAAUAUCUUGAUGACGUGUCAAACCGGGAAUGGAGCAUUGACUGGAGGUAGACAACCAGAAGUCAUGUAUAGACGGCAUGUGGACAACCGGAAGUCGGGUUUAGACUGGAAGUGGACAACCGGAAGUUGGGUUUAAACCGGAAGUGGUUACCCUGAAGUCAAGUAUGGACUGGAAAAGCGUCCAUGUGGAGAAGAAGGUCAUCGUCUGUUCACCUUCAGGGUCUGACACCGGGAACAUCGUACGCAAUAAAGUUGGCGAUGAUUAUGUGUCGCAACAAAACCUGUAUACCGGAUGCGGUCAAUGUUACCUGGCCAAACCGCUCUACAUGCCCGGCAACGCAUGUUUCCUGCAGACGGUGGGCUCUCCACAAGUGCCAUCGUGCUGCGAGUAUGUGUACACCUUAUUAUGCGGAGACAAGAAGUUCAUCAACUACAACCCGAAGAAAUGCGACAAGUUCUAUAAAUCUCCUACGGAAACGUGUUGAAUGUGAAACAACCACGCUGUUGCACUACAUCAAGUUUUCUCAUGUAUAGCAUGUGUGCCUACCAUGUAUUAAAUGAGCCCUCCAAAGUAAAAUAUCUUGAUGACGUGUCAAACCGGGAAUGGAGCAUUGACUGGAGGUAGACAACCAGAAGUCAUGUAUAGACGGCAUGUGGACAACCGGAAGUCGGGUUUAGACUGGAAGUGGACAACCGGAAGUUGGGUUUAAACCGGAAGUGGUUACCCUGAAGUCAAGUAUGGACUGGAAAAGGUGGUUAAUGCUAACGCACUUCUCUCGCAUUUACCGCUAAAUCGCCAGUGAUUUUUUUACACAAUUUUCUUGUUUAGUACUU